UUAAAUGAAGGGGGCUUAAGAGGGCUAAGUUCGUUCCUCUGUCAGCUGUCGUCAUAAACCGCCCUUCGCCAAACGCUCUCGGGCUUAAUUUGAUUCGUUCCGAAAAGCAACAACACAAACACGGCUUGAGCAUUUUCCACCGCUCGCGCGCCUAUUACCAAACAGCACGUGUGUGUGCCACACACAGCAUAGGUAACAAAAUAUGAGCAACGGCAGAUAUGGCAGAUUUGGAGCACUCAUUGGCAUUGCGUACGUGAGCGUCACCCACUGCAGAUUUCUGAUUUACUCGACAAAAAACGCCGAAGUCUUGGCCUGCCAUGAGCUGAAGCUGCGGCAGAUCGUCCACCAGGCCGGCUGGCUGGAAUAUGACCCAUCGGAGAUCUGGAAAUACAUGCAGGAGUGCAUUGAGUCGGCGUACAAGAACUUGGUGACACUGGAAAUCGAUCCGCAUGACAUCAUCGCCGUGGGAAUUGUCAAUCAGCGGGGAACGUCCGUGUUGUGGAACAAGUACACUGGCCAGCCGCUGCACAAUGCCAUUGGUUGGUCGGACAGUCGCAGCACCCCAGUCCUGAGAAGGGUCCUGCACAACGUGAAGCAGAAUGUGGAUUAUGUGAGGGAACGCACUGGGCUCCCGUUGAGUGGUUGCUUCAGUGCCUUGAAGAUUCGUUGGCUGAUGGAGAAUAUUCCGGCUGUGGGAGGUGCUAUAAAUGAGGACAAGUGCCUUUUCGGCACUCUGGACUCCUGGUUGUUGUGGAACCUAACCGGUGGCGUCCAGGCGGGAGUUCACUCGACGGACAUAACCAAUGCGCACUACACUUCGCUAAUGAACCUGUCUACACAGCAGUGGGAUGCAAAGCUGUGCCGAUUCUUUAAUCUGCCCAUAGAAAUACUGCCACAGAUACGUUCCAAUUCCGAAAUAUAUGGCUACGUGCUAGACGGACCGUUGUUGGGAGUCCCUAUAGCAGGGGUAAUUGGCGAGCAGCCUGCCUGUUUGAUGGGCCAACUGUGUAUUAAGGCCGGCCAGAAUGUCUGCACCCUGGAUGACAGCUGCUUUGUCCUACUCCACACGGGCACAGAAAAGUUUGAAUCAGAGAAUGGACUGAUCACAGGAAUAGCGCACCAGCUGGGACCCCGAGCGCGCACCAACUACAGCCUUGAGGGAGCCAUUUCCAAUGCCGGAUCCACAGUAAAUUGGCUACGCGAAAAGCUGCGCAUCAAUACCGAGAUUAACUCCAACGACAAUGUAGUGGAAUCACUUAAUACCUUUAUCGGCGACAGCUCAAUGAUUUCCUCCACCUGCUCAUCCUCCAUGCUCAAUGCUGAAUGCGGUCUGGCGGCCAAACGGUCAGAGAUUACCCUUGUUCCAGCCUUUCAUGGUCUGUAUGCGCCCUAUUGGCGCUAUGAUGCUCGGGGCAUAAUUCUGGGCCUCUCCAGUCAGACUACGGCGGAGAACAUCACCCAGGCUGCCUACGAGGCGACCGGCUUCCAGAUCUACGAAGUUCUCGAGGCUUUCAAGCGGGACACUCCCAACUGGGAUCACGCGUGCAUGAAUCCGGUGCUUACUUUCGGCGGCGAGUACGCAGAAGACACACACCUGGUCCAAUUCAUAGCGGAUAUCAUGGGCUACAUGCUGGAACGGCCACAUACCGCCUCGCCAGCUGGUCUGGGAGCUAUGAUGGCGGCCGGCGUGACCAUGGGCGUGGUAUCCCUAGAAUAUGCGACAAAGAUGUAUGCUCCACCGACGGACGUCUUCUCUCCCACCACCACACCGAACCGUCGAGAGGUGCUCUACAGGCGCUGGGACUACGCAGUAAAGAGGUGCCUGCACUGGAACAACUUCGAGACAUACGAGGCAGACAUCGAGCUGUUCUCGCAGCGCGAACGUGAUCCCAAUCUAGCCAUACGGCGAUCAAUACCUGGCAGCAUAUUCAUGGUCACAUCGUUUGGUCUUCUCCUGCUGGCCAGGUACCUGCACAACAAUCCUCUGACCUAAUGCGCAACGGAGGAGCCGCGGAAGCAGCUAUCGUGUGCAAUUCUAGUCAACCAAACAUGUUCUGCAUGCGCAUUCAAAAUUAGUUGCUUAGUUUAGCAUUUAGUCGUUCAUAGUUAAUGCUUUCUUAUGUAUAUACUCUCGUAUCAUUUUUCUACUUUGCCUGAUUCGUAGAUCAAAUUUUUGUGAUUUACCUUAUACACAAAAACUACACAACUUUAAUGGAAACGUUCAUUAACUUGUGUAUACUAAUAGUGUGCCGAUCUGUUAAAUUAUUCA